GAAGAGGCAAGGGCAAGGGCAAGUCACGAUCAGGAUUUUUCUAUCAAUUUUAUGUCGUGCGUUCUAUCAAGACGGCUGUUAUUGGAUCAGAAAUGGACGCACAGAUCUGAUUGGUCCACACAGAUGCUGAAUGAUGGAUUUCCCUCAAGAGGGUGAGGACGCCGUCAGUGGAAAUGAGACAGGCAGAGCAGCAUGUGCCGUGUCCAGUCAUGUGUCCCUGAAGAGCGAGGAGUCCGUUACUCAUGGACAUCAGGGAGUCAGCAAAGGACAAGUGCAAUUCAGUGCAGGACCACAGACACACAGAUCAGUGUCUCCAGUGCCCAGCUGUGUGUCCAUGAAGAGUGACUGGUCCAUGGAUCCCCCUUACAAUUUCAGCAGUGGACUACCACAUUCUGAUCCAAAGCCACAGACACACAGACCAGUGUCUCCAGUGCCCAGCUGUGUGUCCAUGAAGAGUAACUGGUCCAUGGAUCCCCCUUACAAUUUCAGCAGUGGACCACCACAUUCUGAUCCAAGACCACAGACACACAGACCAGUGUCUCCAGUGCCCAGCUGUGUGUCUGUGAAGAGUGACUGGUCCAUGGAUCCCCCUUACAAUUUCAGCAGUGCACCACCACCAUCUGAUCCAAGACCACAGACACACAGACCAGUGUCUCCAGUGCCCAGCUGUGUGUCCAUGAAGAGUGACUGGUCCAUGGAUCCCCCUUACAAUUUCAGCAGUGGACCACCACAUUCUGAUCCAAGACCACAGACACACAGACCAGUGUCUCCAGUGCCCAGCUGUGUGUCUAUGAAGAGUGACUGGUCCAUGGAUCCCCCUUACAAUUUCAGCAGUGCACCACCACCAUCUGAUCCAAAGUGA